AUGCGCAACGCCAAACCGCAGCAGUCGACUGAGCAAUACGACGAGUCGGACGAAGGCCCCGGCGAGCUGACUCUGGUCCUCUACAGUGUCUUUAUGGCCGUCUCUUCGCUCGUGUUUGGUGGUCUCGGCCUCUUUCACGCUCGCGGAGGAUCAUCAGAUAGCCUCUUUGACUUUGGCGCGAUCGCAGAGGGCCUCGACCUCAUCCGCCCCCGGUGGUCCGUCCUGCGCCACAACGUCGAGCUCCUCGUCUCGUGGAUCAGAUCCAUCGACCCGGUCACGAUCCUCUACCUUGGCAGUGUCCUUGUUCUCGUCUGCCUGAUUGCCAUCUGGACCAAUCCGGGCGAGACGUCUUUCCGGUCCUAUCUCACCAACUUGACCCUUCACGAGCACCUCCGCCAGCUCCGCGAUGAUGUUCGACAUCAGCCUGCAUCGACGGGCAAGACAUCCCCUGAGGAGGAGCUCGAGGGAGCCACGGCGACCGAGGCCCGCUGCAUAACGAGGUCUUCACCCCAUUUUCUCACUUUUGCCAAUCGCAUCUCGGUCUCGCUCCGAACACCGGCCUACAAAAGACGGUCGUAUGGCCUCUUCAGCAUAGUCACUGUCCCUGCGCAACCUGAUCUUCCCGCAAGCAUCGAAGGCGGCCGCGAUGGCGCAAAGGAGACCGGCCUCGUCUCGACGCAGUACAUUGGUCUCUUUGGCCAAUGGACCCACUGGGGCCGAUCGACGACCGAGCUGCCUGCCUCGGAAGGCGCUUCCAGGAUCGAGAAGAAGAACAGCAAGCGAGCAAAGGUUCUUGCUCCGCAGUCAUGGGGUAUCCUCUGUAUGCGCUCAGGACGACAGGUCGACGAGGAGAAGCUUUCCCAUGUAGAUGUCCAGGAUGCUGCAAAGUCCAAGUCGUCGAAAAUUGGUGAAGCGCAACUCCCGCCUACAGCAACCAGCCAGGGUCAGAAGGGCGCAGCGAGUCGAAGGAAAAAGGCCUCCCAGCGACCCAAAUUAUCGCAGCAGCAAGCGUCGAUGGGCAAGGACCCCGAAAGGCGAGGCUCCGAUGAUCUUGAGCUACAAACUCUUGGUUCUCUUGACGCAGAUCGACGAACGUCGGACCCGCUGGUGGCGCAGCCCCUUGAUGCGACCCAGGCACAUGCGAGCGAUGCCAUGAAUGUCGAGCAGGCGUCUGCUGCUCUCGCUUCCCUUGAGUCGUCAACGUCGCCAAACGCUACCGUGGCUGAAGCACAGAUGCAGCUAGAGAGCCUGCGAACAGCAUCUGAAGCAUCCCGGAAACAGCUUCAGGCCCAGCUCGACGAGCUUCGAGGGAGAAAACGCGAUGAGGAUGCGGCGCGUGUCGACGUCAAGGGAAAGACGAAGACGCUGGACGAGAGCAAACGAUUGGCGGAGGCGUCCAGGAGGGAGGCCGAGAGGAGGCUGAAGGUGGCGACAAGUCUGCGAGAGACGAUCCAAGCGAGGAUCGAUGUAAAGGAUCAAGAGGUCAAGGAGCUCAGGGAGAAGGAGCGCGAGUGGCAGCGUAAGGUCGAGGAAGGAGGUCAACGCAAGGUUGAGCAUUUGGAGCAGCUUGGCCUUGACAAGGCCAAGACGGAGCGCGAAGAAAUGGACGUGGACAAGCAGCUGGGCGAAUUGCGAGCAAAGCUCGAGAUGCUCGAGCAGAGGGUCAUGGAGGAAGAUGCCAACCUGGAAGCCGCGCGUGAGCUAGCAGCAGAGCGAAGGGCGGCUGCGAUGAGCAGACCCAUCCCUCCGUUCUCCUCUCAAAGUCAUCAAGGCCCACAGAUGUAUCCGCUGAUCUCUGGACCAGGAGAAGGACCGCCGGGAGGAGACGCCUUCGAUCGUCCCGAUGCCCCGACUGAUCUCUGGAGUGCGUCUGCGCAGCAACAAGAAGUCCCACCUGGCUACAAGGCAUACGUUCCCAGUCAGCCACAUCAAUCACAGCCAGGCCACCUAAGCCCGGACUUCGACGAGGAUAAUGACGACACUUUCGAUCCUACUUUGAGGCCUGGCGCUGGAUUCUCUCCCUUUUCCUUUGAAGCAAACCCAGCGCAUCUCCAAGCCUACACCGACCACUUCAACAGCGCCAGCAAUCACAGCAACAGCAACAGCAGUGGCCUUGUACCGCCAACGACCUCUAGCCAUGACGACACGCUAGCGCCGCUUGUGUCCCCUGCUCGUACGCCGCAGCGCAGCCGUCUCAACUCGCUUGCCUAUGGUAGUGACGUCUCCGCAACGCCCAUCUCUCCCUUUUCUUCAGAUCUGCUGCCUAGCAACUUGUUCCAAAACGCCGACGAUGAUGACCGCCACGUCGGCGUCAUGCCCGGUUCGCGCAAUGAGCGAGUCGAGGCGGCCUUGAAUAGGUUCGGCCUUGACACUUCGGACACAUCUGAUCUGGAGACUGGCCGCGAAGGAGAGGACGUGGAGUCGGAUGACCAGGUUGAGAAUGACGAUGUUGGCGACACAACGCUACAGGGCAAGAUGACCGGCGGUGAAGAGAUGGUGCAGCGCAAGAAUUCUGCCAGUCGAGGCGCGCGCUCAUGGUGGGGAGGAAGAAGCCGCACUGCCAGCAAGGACCGGACUGCGACCGAUGAGGCGGCACUGGAGGAACAACAGUGGCAGGCGCAGGACGAUGGUUCUGGCAGCAAACGUCGUUCACUUUCCAUCUUCCCAAAGCUUUCACUCAACCCUGGAGCCAAGGCCUUUAGCAGCAGCGCCAAGCGUAAGCCCGACAACAAUGGUGGAGCGUUUGCGCCGAGCGAUCUGGCGGCGCAGGGGGGCGGAUGGAAUGCAGGUGCAGGACGGGGAGGAGGACCCGAUUUCGAGAGCAUGCGUAGAGCGUUCCAGACAUCUGGAGUAGCCAACGACGAUGACGAGGAAGAGCAGGGAAGGCGAUCUUGGAGCGCAUUCGACUCGUGGCAGCAGUCGCACCAGCCCGCGUCCACUCGUUCCCGCCUGGGACGAGGCGUUUACGGAGCUGCUGGCGAGAUUGGCAAGGGUCGUUCCAGCCAUCUCGCUGCUGCCACCAACAGCAACUUUGAUCUUCGCUCCAGUUCCGAGUCGCUGCCGUUCCAGCGUGGAGGCACGACUGGGCAGGGUGUCAACCAGCGACAGUGGCUCGACGAAAUGUUCCUGCCACUCAACAGGAGCACCUCGGCCGGUGCCAGGUCGCUUGGAAGCCAUGCAUCUUCUCAGGGAGGCGGAGGCACAGGGGCAGGAGGACAGGCUUCGACGAGCAACAGCAGGCCUAGCCGGUUUGCCUUCUGGUCGACCAAUGGCGCAAGCAACGCGUCAAACCAGUCGGCGGCCAGUCUGCAGUCUUCGGACGCUGCAGGAGCAGCAUCAUCGACCGAUCCCGAAGCCCAGCAGCAAGGUGACGUGGAAGAAGCAUUGCCAGCGUCGGAGAGGCCCAAGACGUCGUCGCGCAGAUCCUUCCGAUGGUCGAGGCGAAUUACUGGACCAGAAGCCUCGUCUUCUGACGCCAAUGCUGGUUCUCAGGAUCAAGAGUGA